AUGGCCGUGGAGAUGGAACCCUCCGAUGUGAUCCGCCUGAUAAUGCAGUACCUUAAGGAGAACAACCUCUACCGGACGCUGACCACCUUACAAGAGGAAACCACCGUCUCACUCAACACAGUAGAGAGCAUCGACAGCUUUAUCGCAGACAUAAACAGAGGCCACUGGGACUCUGUGCUGUUGGCCAUCGAGUCCCUCAAGCUGCCCGACAACACACUUAUUGAUCUUUAUGAGCAGGUUGUAAUGGAGCUCAUUGAAAUGAGGGAGGUGGGUGCAGCUCGCUCUCUCCUCAGACAAACCGACCCCAUGAUCAUGCUGAAGCAGACGCAGCCAGAGAGGUACAUUCAUCUGGAGAACCUGCUGACAUGCUCCUACUUUGACCCUCGUGAGGCGUAUCCCAAAGGCAGCAGCAAGGAGAAGCGGCGCAGAGCCAUCGCUGAGGCUCUGGUGAGGGAGGUCAGCGUGGUGCCUCCUUCACGCCUCAUGGGACUCCUGGAACAAUCUUUGAGACUACAGCAAUAUCCAGGACACCUCUCCCCUGACAUGGCCAUCGAAACGACUAGCAACAACAAGGGCAGACUUUUGGAGAAAGAGAGCUUUCCAACGCAGCUGUACCGCCACAUCAAGUUUGGGCGACGGUCACAUGUGGAAUGUGCCCGUUUCUCACCUGAUGGAAAGUAUUUAGUCACCGGAUCAGUGGACGGGUUCAUCGAGGUCUGGAACUUCUACACUGGAAAAAUUAGUAAGGAUUUGAAGUACCAGGGCCAGGACAGCUUCAUGAUGAUGGAUGACGCUGUGCUGUGCAUGUGCUUCAGUCAGGAUACAGACCUGCUGGCUACCGGAGCUCAGAAUGGCAAAAUAAAGGUGUGGAAGAUCCAGAGUGGCUUGUGCCUACGCAGGUUCGAGCAUGCUCACAACAAAGGCGUGACUUGCUUGAGCUUCUCCAAAGACAGCAACCACAUUCUCAGCGCCUCCUUCGACCAGACCAUCAGAAUCCAUGAACUGAGGUCAGGCAAGACACUAAAGGAGCUACAUGGGCACUCGUCAUUUGUAAAUGAUGCAUCUUUCACUCGAGAUGGAUUUCACAUCAUCAGCGCCUCAUCGGAUGGCACAGUCAAGAUUUGGAACACAAAAUCCUGCAAUUGCAUCCACACCUUCAAAUCUCCGUCAAGGACAUCUGAUGUCCCCGUCAACAAUGUGCUUCCUCUGCCCCAAAACCCAGAACAGUUUGUGAUUUGUAACCACUCCAACACAGUGGUUGUCAUGAGCAUGCACGGUCAGACUGUGAAGACCUUCAGCUCAGACAGAAAGGAGGGCGCCGACUUUGUGUGUUGCACCCUGUCACCCCGUGGGGAGUGGAUUUACUGUGUGGGAGAGGACUUAGUGCUGUACUGCUUCAACUAUACGACAGGAAGGCUGGAGAAAACGCUGACUGUUCACGAGAAAGAUGUAAUUGGCAUCGCUCACCACCCACAUGAGAAUCUGAUCGCCACGUACAGCGAGGACGGUCUGCUGAGGCUAUGGAAACCGUAAACUGUCACCUGCAUCAAGAUGAGGAUCUAGACAGCCGGUCACAUGGUUAUAAAGCAGCUCAUUCAAUUCUGUUUAAAUGUGCAGGUAAAGAUAUAUUUUUUAAAAACCCACUUAGUUGCAUAAGUAGACGCCACCAAUAAAUGAUAAAACAGUGCGCUGGUUGUAAAAACAAUCCCGCUGUAAGGUCCAUUUAGUGGCUGUUUUUGAUCAUUUCACAGGCAGACUGAUUUUCCAAUUUAUUAUGGAAUUGUUGAUGUUUGCUUUUUUGGAGCACUUAAAAGAUUUUUUUUGUCAGUGUUGGUACUGAAAGAUGAGAUUCAUUGACUCAAACAUGGACAUAUGAAAUUUAUGUAAUUUAUGUCACAUGAUCAAAAGCUCCAGAUAAGAACAGAUGCAAAACUGAUCUUGCAGCAACAUUUGUUUUGUUUGCUGUCAAAAGUGAACUUUA